CGCAUCCUGGACGCUCAAUGAUUGCAGCCUCUCAGAGUUACCACUUACCACUCACCAACCUAGAAGCUUAGGAAAAGGUCCAAACAAUACACACUCCAGAUACAAUGGCCGAAAGUUCCCAAGUAGCAGCUGAGCCACGGCUACCUCGCAUUACCAUCCAAUUCUGCACGCAAUGUAAAUGGAUGCUACGAGCAGCAUAUUACGCCCAAGAGCUACUAUCCACCUUCUCCACCUCCCUAGGCGAAGUCGCCCUGCAGCCCGGCACAGGCGGCGUCUUUGUCGUCGAGAUCACCCACAGCUCCUCCAGUGCCAACAGCGCGGAUGAGGAAGCAGCGACCCGGAGGACUGUGCUCUGGGACCGCAAGGUCGACGUUGGCUUCCCCGAGACCAAGGAGCUCAAGCGCCGGGUCAGGGACGUGAUCCAGCCCGGGAGGGAUCUGGGGCAUGUCGAUCGGGACUAUGCGCGGCGUAGGAAAGGCGAUGAUGAUGAUGGUGAGGAGGAGGCAGGUGGGAAGGCGGGGUUAAAGGAGGGUGCUGUUGGUCGGAAGGAGGAGGAAGGGGAAGAGGGGAAGGCGACUCAGGAGCGUAAGAUGGAGGAGGAGGGUGGUGAAAAGCGGGAUAAAGCGAGGGUGCGCAGCGUAGAAGGACAAAGGGAGGAAGUAUGUGAGGAUUGUCAGUGACGGAAGGUAUGGGGAUGUUAAAUCAUACGGCUGGGGGACGGUCAAGUUUCUUCGUGGUCCUUCUCGGCUUGAGUCCUUCAAUACCUAUGACCCUGUGGUUGGCUGGCGCGAACACGAUCAAUUGGGAUGGUGUCAAAGGAGAGGGGUGUUGUCUCCUGAAUACUAUCAGUCUCCCAGCCAACCGAGCCCAGUGCCUGGAGCACACACC